UCCUCCCAAACCCUGUGACGCUACAGUAUGUUGCAUACGUCAUUGCGUACGUAGUACAAGCCAAGACGCACGCAACGUCAGCCUCACUCGACGGUGUUCGACUCCGUAGUUGUUCGGGCAGUCUUGAGGUCGUCGCUGAGCCGUUACUAUGGUGAAGAUCUUCAUUGGGAACAUUGCCCAAGAGGCGGAGAAGGAUGAGCUGGAGGCUCUGUUCACGCCGUACGGCCAGGUCACAGAGUGUGCCAAGUACAAGAACUACGCCUUCGUUCACAUGGAUGACCGGAAGUCGGCCACCAAAGCCAUCCGCGAGCUGCACGGCCACAAGCUCCACGGCAGGCCCAUCAACGUAGAGCCCAGCCGGGGAAAGAACAACGGGCCCGUGAAGCUUCACAUCGCCAACGUGGAGAAGGGCCACGACGACGAGCUCCGCGCGCUGUUCGAGGAGUACGGAGACGUGUCCGAGUGCGCCAUCAUCAAGAACUUCGCCUUUGUGCACAUGCCCAACAGCGAGGAAGCGAUGGACGCAAUAAAGGGACUGGACAACACCGAGUUCCAGGCCAAGCGCAUCCACGUCCAGAUGUCGAGGAAUCGCCCGCGGGGCGGAGAGGAGGAGGAGGAGUACCCUCCGCCCAUGCACCGGGGAGGUUACUUCCCUCCCCGGCAUUACCCGGGACCGGACCACCCCGACAUGCACUACAGAGGGCGCAUGCAUGGGUACCCUCCUCCCCCACCCCCGCCACCUCCUCCGCGUCGGCCUGCCUACCCGGAGCACCCGUACGGCGGCGAGCGGGACGGAUACAACGUGGUCGACUACUACGAGAAGUACCGGGCAAGACCCUACGCCCCGGCGCCCUACGCCUCCGCCGCCCCGCCUUCCUACCCGGCACCCCCGUCCUACGCCACGGCGCCCUCCUACGCCCCGGCGCCCUACAUGGACAGGCGGGCACCCCCCAUCCCACCACCACCCCCCUCUGCGAGGGAGCGGCCCUACGACCCCUACGAUGGUCGUUCCCUGGGCGCCCCUCCUCCACCCACUUCGGCCGCCGCCUACUACGCCAGGGACAGGAGUCCCAUCCGGCGCACUCCUCUCCCCACCCCGCCGCCCCCCUCCGGCAACGGCUACUCGUACGAGAGGUCCCGGCUGUCACCGGUGCCCCGGCCCCCCAUGUACGCGCUGCCCCGACCCAGGGACCCGUACGGAGCUCCGCCGCCGCCGCCGCCACGCUAUGCUGGCUAUUAGCAUCGCUGGAAAGCAAGAGAGACCCAAGGUUUAGACUAUGUCAAGAUCGUCGUCUGCUGAUGCACGUGGCGCUAUACCCGCAACCCCCCCUUCGAACCGCCCACUGUAGUCUACGGCGGAUUGCGUUGCGUUCGCCAUGAGGCUUCACGGAAGCGACUAUUGCGGAAGUGUCCGUAAUUUUUAAACCAUUCGAUGGCUUCGAAUCACACGUCCUCAUCCUUGGGCUGAUGUUGGCGCCUUUCUUUUGAUUAUUAUUUUGUUGUCAUGUUUGUUUUACUAUUCAGAAUUCUACUGUUUGCAGUUUACUGGUGAAGGUGCCUCAUCUACUUAAACAAAACGUCAAUCGACAAAAAUAUCUAUUUUCUGCUUUUCGGUCAUUAUUUUAUAUAGACUAAGAAAACUGUGACUUAAUUUGUUCGUCAGUUAAAUAACCGAUUUGUGUGAGACAAUUUAUUCGUAGGGCUUUCUGUUUGUUCUUUUUCAAAAUGCUAUGAAUUGUUUCUAGUCACAGGAAUCAUGCCGUUGUAGUGGCGUUGUAAUCAUAGCGCUUGUCACAGAUUGUUCAACUUUAACAGUCCAUAUAUUUGCGACGCAUGACGAAUCACAUUUCCACUGUUGUUCUAAAAUUAGAAUUUUUUACUUUUGCGGACAUUGAAUCUUUAAUACAUCUAGCAACGACAUGUAUGAUUUUAUUUUCCUCAGACCUCUUUUCAUUUUCAAGUCUUUUAAAUAAACACAUGUUACCAACAAAGAAUUCGGCGUUCCUACUCGCAUCAUUGCAUCGAUCAUAGGUGAGGCCUUCUAGUCCAAGUUUCAUUUUUUAACUAUCCUUAAUUUCGUAACUAAACCUUGUUUCAAUUUAAGCAAUUGAGCCGUAAUUGCUAGCUCCGAUAUGGUCGCGUGUUGCUACGACAACUGUUAAUAAACAAAAAAGAUGUACAUGUAUCAAUUGUGUAAUUCCCAUCAUGCAUAUUUCUCACGCAUUUGCCAUUGACCUUUGCUUCCCCUUCUCACUGCACUUAACCCUUCACCCCAUUGUUUGGCGCUACCUACUCUGGUAUCCUCAGUGUUUGUGCUCUUUGUAGGUUACCAUACCCCUCGCCCCCUGCACAGGGGUUGACGUAACGCUAUGCCAGGAGUCGGCGCUACACGGUAAGUGUCCAUCAGGAGACCCCUCUGACAGGAUGAGCUGGGUAGGUACUACACCAAAAUGACCUAUCUGUGACAUCCCGCGCACAUCCCGCCCUCUGGUUUAAACUGUCUGUCUGUACCCUGAUCUCUCACCGCAGGGGAGCCGUCGUGGGAAGGCAGCGGUGGCUUGCGGCCAGCUGAACUGUAUUGGCUGAGCGCCAGUCAGGACGAGCGCUGAUGGGAAUCUACGUGUAGGCUUCAAAGGCAGCCGAUACGGUCGCUUACUCCAUGGAAAGGAUGUGAGGCUGACGGAUCAGAACCACUACAUCAAAAACCAAUGUAGAUCAGUGAUGCAGUCAUGAUCCACCCAUAAUGAAUGCAGAUGAAAAGGCACAGAUGCUGAUCAUGGUGGGUGUCUGUUCUGUCUGGGAAAAUGUACACAUCCCCACACCUGAUGCAUAAAAGCACGUAAUAAACAUGUUUUUAUGAUUAGACCUAAAA